GUACUUAUUUGACAGUUUUAACAAUUAACCUAAAAUAAUUAUUUGCCAUUCUAUUUUCAUUGUUAUUGUGUAAAUCAAUUAAAAUGGGAUGUGAUGGUGGAACUAUUCCUCGUAGAGAUGAAUUAGUUAAAACCAAAAAGAAACCAGAAGCAAGAGAUAAAGACUCUGAACUUGCUUUCCGUUGGAGACACUGUUCAAUAAGCCAACAAGUACUAGAAAAACCUAUCGUUAUGUGUGGAUUGGGUCAAUUAUACAACAAAACAUCUUUAAUUGAAGCUUUAAUCACUAAAAGUUCUUCUUACGAAAGUAUUAAACACAUUAAAUCUUUAAAGGAUGUUAAAGAAUUAAAUCUCACCUCUAAUCCUGCAUAUAAUGGUGGCGAAAGAAAAGAAGGCGAACCUACCAGUGAUGAUAUAGCUCCAUACAUUUGUCCAGUUAUAGGGCUUGAAAUGGCUGGAAAAUUCCGUUUUGUUGGUAUUUGGUCUUGUGGUUGUGUAUUUUCUGAACGCGCUUUGAAAGAAAUUGAUACUACUAUAUGUCACAAGUGCCAAAAGUCUUUUACUCAAGAAGAUGUUGUGGUGUUAAAUGGAAAUGAAGAAGAUUUAACGUUGAUGAGGUCUAGAUUAAGUAUUAGGCAGCAAAAAACCAAAAAAAUUAAAGUCAAAUCAACACAGCAAGAAGAUACAAUAAAAGAAGAUGAUACCAAAAAGGUACAAGGGCAAAGUAAAGUUAAAAUGACUAGAGAUACUCCUUCAACAUCCACAUCAACCACAUUAAGUAGUUUACAAAAGCGACCAGGAGCUUUAGUAAUCAAUAAAGAUACUCGAGUAAAAAAAAUGAAACCAGAUUAUAGUGUGGCUAAAGAUCCGAAUGCAUCAGAUGUUUAUAAAUCAUUGUUUACUUCUCAUAAAUCUGAACAAGAACAAAAUAGAGCACAUUGGGUGACAUAUAAUCCUUUCUACAAUUAACAGUAAAUUUAUUUUUAGUAUU